CGGGCAUAUUGUCGCCUGGCCACAACGGGAAAGGAAAUCAUUCCGGGGCGGUAAACCGAACCAUUUUUCUGUCGUCAAACGGAUCAAGCUUUUUGUGAAAUUUGGAUCAAUCACAAAAAGCAGGAUUCGCUUUUCGCAUAGGAAUUUCGGCCGGGUCAAUCAACAAUCGAACACUUCGUGUUAAUUUAACAUCAAUAUUUCACGGGGAAGAAGCGACAACUUAAGUAAAAACCAUGGAGGAACCACGGCAAUCUCAACCGGUCGGUCCAAACACGAUGGCUGGAGUUCCCGGGGUUACUGGAGUUGCAAAUCAUUCCAAUAACUCUCACAGGCAUGGGAAAAAUCGUACAACCAUACAUGCCCUCAUGUCCGAAGCUUUACCUCUGGACGAGGCUGCCAGAUUGGAAAUGAAGUCGUUACCAAGUAAGACACCUGUCUCAGUUCUUCAGGAAUUAUUGUCGCGGCGAGGCACGACACCCAAAUACGAACUGGUCCAAAUCGAGGGUGCCGUCCACGAGCCAACUUUCCGCUAUCGAGUCACAGUUGCUGAUGUAGUUGCAAUGGGAACGGGUCGAUCUAAAAAAGAUGCAAAACACGCAGCUGCCAAAGCAGUUUUGGAUAAAUUGAUUGGUGUGACCGAAGCUGAUGAAUCGCUUCUUUCCAACAGUUUACCAGAUAAUUCGCAAAAUUCUCAAGACUCGCAAGGCGGAUAUGGCGAGGAAAAAGUAAUAAACAAUCCAAUAGGUACUCUCCAAGAGAUGUGCAUGUUGCGUCACUGGCCGCCACCAAAAUAUACGAUGGAGGGUGAAGCUGGACUUCCCCAUGAGAGACAGUUCACGAUUGUUUGUUGGAUGCUCAAGUAUCGUCAAGUUGGUCAUGGAAAAAGCAAAAAACUAGCUAAGAGGCAAGCUGCUCAUAAAAUGUGGCAAGCUCUACGAGAUGCAACUGAUACAAGUGCAGGACUAGACACGGACGAGAUUGUGGAAUGCAUCGAGAGCAUGAGCACCCAUUACGCGGUUCUUAAAGAUAGCAAAAUAUCAACACUGACCACUCCUCACAGUCUCAAAGUAUCGCUGUUUCACAAGAACCUCAAAUCUUCGACGGGUGUCAAACUCUCUGAGCUCCAGAAUACUUGCUUGAACAACGGAGUUAUAAAUUUGGUACAGUUCCUGCAAGAAAUUGCAUCCGAGCAACAGUUUGAAGUGACGUUUGUUGAUGUGGAGGAAAAGUCGAUAAGCGGAAAAUGCCAGUGCCUCGUUCAACUGUCAACAUUGCCGGUCGCGGUAUGUUACGGUUGUGGUUUAACGAGCGAAGACGCUCAAGCAAGCGCCGCUCAAAACGCCUUGGAAUAUCUGAAAAUAAUGACCAAAAAGUGAGCC